CUAUAAAUACUCAUCUUUUUUCUCCCCUCUUUCAUUUUCUUGCCCUAGAUUAAAUCAUCCCUCGAUUUACGCAGCCGCUCCAUUUCGUUUUCUCUCUUCUUCUUUCUUCUUCCUUCAUCGAGAGAAAAAAACCCAAAUCAAUCGCACUCUUUUAGCUCACUCUAAACCUAGAAAUUUCUGCGAUUUUAGCUGCUUUAAAGCUCGAUCGAACUAUCUGGGUCUGUCAUGAUGAGUUCGUCUCGCAGCUUACACGGUUGCGAUGUUUUCGAUUUGGGUUUGUGAUGGAUGGUUUGAAGAUUUCUUGUCCCGUGGAUGUUUCUGUGCCGGCUAAGCUUAUGGGAUCUGAAGGGUGUGGUGGUGGAGUUAGGGUUUCGUCGAAUAAAGCAGAUAACAACUCUGACAAGGCUCGUGUCUCUCUUGGUGUUAGUUCUUCGAUUGAGCGUUGUGGUGCUUCAAUCAACAAGAAAGUUGCAGGAAGUAGCAGUGGGGCGUCAGAUUCAUCGUUAUGGCGCAAGUUAAUGCAUUCACACGACUUUGUACAUGAUAGGCUUACCAAACUUCGGGUUGAAAAUUCAUCCGAGUCUCAAAACGGUUAUUCACCAAUUGCCAGUCCAGAAAGUGCCGAGUCUCCUAGGAAAAGAGGAAAACUUUCAAGAAGUAGUAGUAAUGGGCCUUCGAGAAGGACUACUAAAUUGAUACUUUUAGAUGACACGGUGAGCACACCAAGAGAUAACGACACCAAGGAGAUAUGUGGACAAGGAUCUACUACUUACUUAGAUAAACCGUUAGUGGUGAGACAGCGGACCAGUUGUAACGGUAAACGAGGUGAUAGGAGGUUUUCAAAAGUUCCCACAAGAACUUUUUCAACAAUCAAUACAGCGACUGGCGAGAAUGCAUUUUUUGGUGCCUAUGGCCUGAAGCCUGCAAUAAAUGAUGUUACCAAACUCAUUGAAGAUUUGUCAUUGAAAAAUCUUCUUGAAGGCUCUUAUGAGUGUCCUUCUUUGGGCAAAGACAAGAUGAAGAAAUUGGAGAAUACUAAUGAAACUCUGCUCAGUGUGGUCAGAAAUGUUUGGUCCAUUAUACCAACUAAGAGGCCUGUUCAAUCACAAAGCUCUACUGAAUUAGACACUUGUCGCAGCAGAACCCUGAGUUCACCACCUAGCUCUGUCUCUGUUACACUACCAAAUGGUGAAAACACCGAUAAAGUAAUCUCCCUGGAUGGAGAUCUAUCCUCAUCUUCCAAGGAUCUUUGUAUCAACUCUGAAAUUCCUUCCACUCCGCUUAAUUUUCCAUUAUGCCACGCUAGUGAUGUAUUAAAAAGAUUAGGCCUUCCGCCGCCGAAAGAUUUAGACUCCCUGCUCCAAGAUGCAUCAAAACCUUCUCAGAACUCUAAGAACAACUCAGGCCAGCAGCGUUCUGCUAAACAACUACCACCUCGUAGUGGAUUGCCACAUUUCCCUUGGUCACAGGCUUUUAAUGGGAGCUCUAGAACCAACUCAGAAGCAGCAAAGCUUGUAACCGGCAAGACACUUUGUCAAGGACGAUGGCUAAGAAUACCUGACACUAUGGGUUCUCCGGUAACUGAUAAUUUCGCAAAUCUGGAAUCACUCACUUUCAACCAAAAGUUAGUCCCUCCACUACAGAAGCAAACUAUUGUUGGAACUAAGACCUGCCAAACAAUGUUCGCUAACACCACUUCGUGCCACUGCCCAGAAGCAUCUGUUUCUACCCUUCAAAAAAAUUCUAUUGUUCCCAAAGAACCAGAGGGAUCCCGAGAUGUUCAAGAUGAUGCUCUUUCGUGUCCACAGCUAUUAGCAGCGGCUCAAACGCUCUGUGACAUUGCAGUCCAAUCCACAAACCACAACAACCCAAAUGGAAUCCUCAGAUGGCCAAAGAAGCUUUCUCAGAAAUCUAUGAAAGCCCGCAAAUCCAAACAAAUCGAAAAGCCUCCCGAAAAGCAUGCGGCAACUAUUUCCUCCUUAGAUCAUAACUCAGUCAACUACAACAAUAACAACAACCAUGUGAGAAAAGAUUCAGCAGCAGAGCAUCACCAUCAUCAUCUCUAUCAUCAUCUUAAGCCUUCAAAGAGACUGAAACUAUCAACAAUGGAGAACAAGAAAGGAACAUUCACAAGCUCCUCAUCAUCAUUCCCAAUAGAAUCAGAAAGAAAACAUUCAUCUUCAAGCAAGUUCAAGAAUCACUCCCGUAUGAUGCCGCCCCCUCCACCACCAACGAGAACCCUCCAAAAGUCAUCCAUGUAUCCUCAGAGAGCUCGGAAAUUUUCAUGAACCGGCUGAAAAUAAGAGUGGUGGAUCCAUAUAAUCCAAUCUUGUUUACUCGAAAAACCGGUCUGGUUUUACAUGGGGACAUACGGCGUCAUAGAAGUCGUUUGUAAAUAUGAAUGGUAUCACGGUAUAAGGUAAGUUCUUCUCUAUGUGCACAGUUUAGGUGCAGAGUACUAUAUAUAUAUAGUUUAUAUAUGUAUCAGUAUUGCCUUCAAUGUUGUAACAUUUUUCUUUCAGUUGUAGUCUAUUGUAGCCACACAGUUCUUUUAAGGUCUGUUGUGUUUAAAGCUUUUUAUGAUGAGGCUAAUGAUGAAAAUUAAAAAUCCCAACUUCAAAGAAUUUGUAUGUUAAUGUA